UUGUUCCAUUUUUUAUUUGGAUACGGAGAUUUUGUAUUCGAAUGUUGGAAACUAAGGUGUCUAACUCCCGGUCUGGGUUGUCCCAGUCCGGAUCCUCUCAAUCGAAGUCCAAGUCUAGAUCGAUGUCUAGAUGCGGAACACCCGUUGAUGAAGGAGCCCCAAAUGACGGUGUUGAAUCUACUAGCAUUGGUAAACAAACACCCCCAUCAAUGAAUGAAUCUACUAGCAGUGAUAAACAAACACCCCCACCAAUGAAGGAAUCUACUAGCAGUGAUAAACAAACACCCCCACCAAAGAAUUGGGGUCCGUCGUCCAUGAUAAUGAAAAUUGUGGAUGCCAUCAACACCAUCCAGGACAAAAAGGGAACAUCUGCCCAGGCAAUUCGAAAAUACAUUACCACUACCACCAUGGCAGAUGUGCCUCCACAACUGCUGAAAGGGCAGAUAAGAAAAGCUCUCAGGGAAGGCCUGAAUGAUAAAAUUUUGACUCGACCGACAGGUACAAAAUCCAAUAGUGGCACUGGCAGUUAUCGUCUUUUUUUUCGCAAGUCCGUUGAAGGAAACGAUAAGCAUUGUGGAAAAGGUGGACGAGGCAGUAAAGGUAAAAAAGGUGGUAAAGGUGGAACAAGUGGUGGUAAAGGUGAAAAAGGUGCUAGAGGUGCUCGUCAAAAAAGUAAAUCUAGCAGCCGAAAAGGAAAAGGACGAAGGAAAUCUCAAUCUAAAAAGGUAUCCCGACCUAGAUCUCCAUCCCGAUGUCGAUCAAAAGGUAGUCGACCAAAAGGUGGUGGAUUAAAAGGCCGCACCAAGUCUAGACAAGGAGGAUCUCGAAAUAAAUCUAAAUCUAGAAGUAGCCGGUCCGGAAAAGGCCGAUCCGGAUGUGCACCAAAAGGUGCAUCAAAAGGUAGAUCACAGAAGAAAUCACAAGGAUCUCGACUUAGAUCUAAAUCUAGAAGCCAGUCCAAACCUCGCCGAUCAGGACGAACCAGACAUGCUUUAAAAGGUAAAUCGCGGAGUAAACCGCUAGGAUCUAAAUCUGGAAGGAGCCGAUCCAAACUCUGCCGAUCCCGACGUGCAUCAACAGGUAGAUCGCGGAGUAAAUCGCUAGGAUCUAAAUCUGGAAGGAGCCGAUCCAGACUCAGCCGAUCCCGACAUGCAUCAAAAGGUAGAUCGAAAAGUAAAGUGCUAGGAUCUAAAUCUAAAAAAAGCCAGUCCGGACGUUGCCAAUCCCAACGUGCAUCAAAAGGUAGAUCACGGAGUAAAUCACAAGGAUCUCGACUUGGAUCUAAAUCUAGAAGCCAGUCCAAAGCUCGUCGACCAGGACGAACCCGACAUACUUUAAAAAGUAAAUUGCGAAGUAAACCACUAGGAUCUAAAUCUGGAAGGAGCCGAUCCAAACUCGGCCGAUCCCGACGUGCAUCAACAGGUAGAUCGCGGAGUAAAUCACUAGGAUCUAAAUCUGGAAGGAGCCGAUCCAGACUCGGCCGAUCCCGACGUGCAGUAAAAGGUAGAUCGAAGAGUAAAUCGGUAGGAUCUAAAUCUAAAAAAAGCCAGUCUGGACGUUGUCAAUCCCAACGUGCAUCAAAAGGUAGAUCACAGAAGAAAUCACAAGCAUCUCGACUUAGAUCUAAAUCUAGAAGCCAGUCCAAACCUCGCCGAUCAGGACGAACCAGACAUGCAUUAAAAGGUAGAUCACGGAGCAAAUCGCUAGGAUCUAAAUCUGGAAGGAGCCGAUCCAGACUCAGCCGAUCCCAAAAUGCAUCAAAAGGUAGGUCGCGGAGUAAAUCGCUAGGAUCUAAAUCUGGAAAAAGCCAGUCCGGACGUUGCCAAUCCCGACGUGCAUCAAAAGGUAGAUUGAAGAGCAAAUCGCAAGGGGCUCGACUUGGAUCUAAAUCUAGAAGCCAGUCCAAACGAGGUGUAUCAAAAGGUGCAUCAAAAAGUGUAUCAAGAAGUGUAUCAAAACAACGAAAACGACGAGCAACACGCAGUGACGAUGACGGAGCAGUUCAACCAAAGCGUCGACGCCUUUCGUCAUCGAAGGGAUGCAAAGAGUCAAAGGGAUCCAAGAAAUCUAAGGGAUCCAAAAAAUCUAAGGGAUCCAAAAAAUCCAAAGAAUUGAAAGUAUCCAAGGGAUUAAAAAAAGCAAAGUGCAAAAGCAAGGCAGGCAAGAAAGGCGAGGAGGGCAAAAAAGGCAAGGAAGAGGAAAAGAAAAGCAAGCAAUCAAAAGGUGCGGUGAGCAGUGGAGCAUCAAAAGGUGCAUCGAGAAGUGCAUCAAGACAUCGUAAAGGAAAGCGUAGUUCGUCGAAAAGUGCAGCGAGCAGUGGUGCAUCAAAAAGUUUGGGGAGAAAUGGAUUGCGAUGUCAAAAAGGAAAGCGGAGUUCAUCGAAACGUGCAGCAAGCAGUGGAGCAUCAAAAGCUGCAUCGAGAAGUGGAUCAAGACUUCGAAAAGGAAAGCGUAGUUUGGUGAAACGUGUGGUGAGAAGUGGAGCAUCAAAAGAUGCAUCGAGAAGUGUAUCCAGACAUAAAAAGGGAAAACGUAGUUCGUCGAAAAGUGCAGCGAGCAGUGGUGCAUCAAAAAGUGUGGGGGCAAGUGGAUUGAAAUGUCGAAAAGUUGCAUCUAAAAGUAGAUCGAGAAGUCAAAAAGGAAAACGUAGUUCGUCGAAAGGUGCGGCGAGCAGUGGUGCAUCAAAAGUUGCAUCUAAAAGUAGAUCGAGAAGUCAAAAAGGAAAACGUUCAUCGAAAGGUGCGGCGAGCAGUGAUGCAUCAAAAGGUGCAUCGAGAAGUGGAUCGAGACGUCAAAAAGAAAAGUGUCGUACAUCGAAAAGUGCGGCGAGAAGUGGAUCGCGACGUCCGAAAGGAAAGCGUAGUUUGUCCAAAGGUGUGGUGAACAGUGGAGCAUCAAAAGGUGCAUUGAGAAGUGGAUCGAAACAUCAAAAAGAAAAGCGUAAUAUGUCCAAAGGUGUGGCAAGCAGUAGAGCAUCAAAAGGGACAUCUAGAAGUGGAUCAAGACGUCAAAAAGGAAAGAACUGCUCCUCAAAAGGUGCGGCAAGCAGUGGAGCAUCAAAAGGUACAUCGAGAAGUGGAUCGAAACGCCGUAAAGGCAAGCGUAGUUUGUCAAAAGGUGCGGCAAGCAGUGGAGCAUCAAAAGGUACAUUGAGAAGUCGAUCGCAACGUCGAAAAGGAAAGCGUAGUUCGUCAAAAGGUGCGUCAAGAAGUGGAGCAUCAAAAGGUGCAUCGAGAAGUGGAUCAAGACGUCGAAAAGGAAAGCCUAGUUUGUCGAAAUGUGCAGCGAGCAGUGGAUCGAAACGUCAAAAAGGAAAGCGUAGUUCGUCAAAAGGUGCGGCGAGGAGUGGUGCAUCAAGAAGUGGAUCGCGACGUCGUAAAGGAAAGCCUAAUUCGUCGAAAGGUGCGGCUAGCAGUGGAGCAUCAAAAGGAAAGCGUCGUUCAUCCAAGGGAUCCAAACAAUCCAAGGAAUCGGGGAAAAAGGACUACCAGUGUGAGUGUGAGUGCAAGUAUGAUGGCGAGAUCAGGUGUGAGUGUAAGUGUGAACGCGAGAGAGAAAAAAAGUGAAAACUUAGUUUAAUAAAGGUGCAUAAAAAAAAAAAAAAAAAAAAAAAAUCACUCUA